UAACCUGCUAACAGGUUAUGGGCCCAGAAGCCGCAAGAAUUAUUCUGAGAGUCUGACGACGGACACGUGCAUUGGGAAGACGUCUACUUUGCUGGCGCGCAAAGCGGUAGCUAGCCAAAAGUUGGAGUUAGCUUAGCAAAGGACGCAAAUGGCAACAAGAACGAAGAUUAAGUGGCCCACGUUUGACGGGAGAGCGGAGGAGUAUGAGCUCUGGGAAGAAAGGAUGUUAUGCUGCAUGCACAGUGCAGGCCUGAAGCAGACAAUCCUGAACAAGCCAGCCGGACCGCUGUCAGUGGAUGAACAAGCGCGGGAUGACAAGCUCAACGCGGAUGCAUACUGCGCGCUGGCGCCCUUAUUGGACAAUACCAGCUUGGGACUGAUAUUCAGAGACACUAAAGACAAAGGCCGAGAGAGUCUCAAAGUGUUAAGAGAACACUACAUCGGCAAAGGUAGGCCCCGGAUUGUGUCGUUAUAUAUAACAUUAACCUCGCUGAAGAAAGCAGACACGGAGACUGUUACGGAGUACAUUAUCCGAGCGGAGCAAAUCAUCACAGCGCUCAAGACUGCGGGCGAAGCACCGAGUGAGGGACUGAUGAUGGCAAUGAUUAUGAGAGGACUACCAGAAAAAUACAAGCCGUUCACGCUGAUGGUCACGCAUAGCUCUGCGGACAUGAAGCUGGGAGAGUUUAAAGCUAAACUGAGGAACUUCGAGGCUUCCGAAGAUAUGGAGCCUGUAGCUGAUGACGCGGGAGAGCGAGUGCUGAAAGCCCGCGCGGCGGUAAAGAAAAGAAGCGGACCCCCGACAGAGCUGGUGUGCUGGAGAUGUGGAGAAAAGGGACACAGAAAAGACGACUGCUCAAAGAAAGCUUGGUGUAACUCCUGUAAAAGCGCAAGUCACACAGACAGAGCGUGCAGAAGGAAGGAACGCGGACGCGGAUCUCGCUGUGCGCGCGCUCAAGAUGACGGCGGCGAGAGCGGAACCUACGAGGCGGGCUGCAGGCGCGCUGACAUCGGACGAGCUGCGGGAAAAGACUUCACGUUCAAGACGGAGACGGAUGAUGCUAGCGGAGCAGCACCGCAGAUCCACAUAAAAGGGCUGGUCGUGGACACAGGAGCAUCGUCCCACAUCAUCAACGACAGGAGCCGGUUCAAGAACUUCGACAGCACCUUCAAGCCAGAGAGGCACAGCAUGGAGCUGGCAGACGGAAAGCGUACUUUCGGGUUGGCACAAGGCAGGGGAGAUGCACAGAACACUCCUUUAGACCUGAUUGAAACAGGAAAGUCCCUGAAAGUCCAAGCAGAGCGCCCCCACCUGGUCAGCUUGGGAAGUGGACGUCUCAGCACAGCCAUCACUUUACUUCCACUGCUGGAAGGGAGAACCACACUGGGCAGUGAGAGGACAGAUAUCCCUCUGCAGGGUCCUGGCAUCGCUGCUCAGCACUGCUACAUCGAGAACCAGGCAGGGAGCAUCACCUUGUACCCAUGCGGGAACCCGUGCUCUGUGGAUGGACUUGCCAUCUCCAAACCGUAUCGCCUCACACAAGGCUGCAUGUUGUGUUUUGGUCAGUCGGCAUUUUUUCGUUUCAACCACCCAGAAGAGGCUCAGAGGAUGAAGAACAUGCUUCCCGGAGGACACCUUGAUGCCCCCAAAACACUCCCCCCUGAUACCCACAGAAACGCCAACGGGAACCAUGAGCUUUUCUCAAGUGACGCCAAACUUGACAACAUGGCCAGGAAUUUUCAGAACUCCCUGGUUCUGAAAGCAUCGCCAUCAUCGGGGACUGGUAAGCAGCAAGCCCAACCAGCUCCUGCAGACCUGGAGCUGAACGGGAAAAAUGGCUCCUCGUUAGCGCCUGAAAACAAGUUGCUCAGUCAGAACAUCAAACCGUUUCCAGUUCCUGCCAGAUCAUCAAAUACUAGUCAAAUUCCUGUUCCUCAACCACGAACUUUACGCUCUACAGCCUUGAGUGAUACCAGUGCGGGUCAGAAGGUCCACGAGAGUCCAAAACCUCUUAGGAAGUCGAGGGCAGAGGCUACAUCAAGCCCUAAACCACAGAUGAAGGGGUUAGGCCCAGAAAACUCAAGUUUUAUCCCCAAUCACACUGCGCCCUCCACUAAGUUUUCCACCGCUCCACCCAGCCCCCGGUUAAGAGACUCCUCCCUGCAGAGGAGGUCUCAUAGUCCCAUGCAACAUCAUGUGGAUUUCCUUCAAAAACCAACUCUGAAGGAGCUUCCUCCUCCCAGUCCUCAGAUGGCCCACCGCAAACCUGCGUCAAAAACAGAGCGCACGAGGUCACCACAUAUACGGACUCCAUCAACGCUGACUAAAGCUGGGAAUGAGUUUGGAAGCAGUGCGAUGAGACCCGAACCAGGAAGUGCACACACAUCAAGCUUGGGCUCUGGACCCAGUUUGUCUCCCCUCGCAAGUCCUCGCAGUCAAAGAAAGACUUCUGCUAUGAGCACAAGAGGAUCUGGUGGCAAAGAAGGGAAUCUUACCAAACCAUAUACCAGGGAGCGCAAGAACAGCAUCUCUGAGAUCAGUGACAAUGAGGACGAGUUGCUGGAAUACCACCGCUGGCAGAGGGAGGAGAGGCUGCGAGAGCAGGAAAUGGAGAAACUGGAGCGACAGAGACUGGAGACCAUCCUGAACCUGUGCGCAGAGUAUAAUCAGGAGGACAGCUCUCCUGAGCUUGUGAGGACGGGGCUGCAGGAGGUUUUUAGAGGGAUCGCCUCGGAUGCAGCAGGAAGGACGCCUCAUCAGGGAGAAGAGAGAGCCCAGAGGCUGAGAGACAAUGAUGAGGAUCUGCAGAGAGAGGAGUCGAGCAGCACGGAGAGCACACAUCAAGAGAGGGAAGAGAUGUUUACCGGGCAGGAGCAGAACUACCUGGAGGAGGAGAGAACCAAGAUCCUGGCCAGGGUGGACGGUUUGAAGCACAGAGUCAGCGAGCUGGAGCAGCAGCUGCAAGAGACCAAACAGGAGGUGGAGAUGGAGCAGGCCCUGCUGCAGGCUGAGAGGUGGGCAGAGCAGGAGGAGGUGGAGGCUGAAAACCAAAUCCUUUCUCAGCUCCAGCUCAGACUGGGCCAGCUGAACAAGGCCGCCCAGCAAGAGAAAGACAAGGGGAGGGCUAAUGUGUCGGCUGAGCGGAGCCUCCUGGAAAAGCAGAGGAUUGAGUACAAUGAGCUGAAGAGGCAGUUUGAUAAGUGCCCCUUGUCUGAAAGGGAACAGUUGCAGGAGCAGCUCAGCAGGAAAGCAGAAGCUCUUGAGUCUGGCACCAAGCAGUUUGAGGAGCUGGAGUUCUGUCAGCUGGAGGAGGAGAGCCGGCUGGAGGAGAAGAAGGAGGCUCAGAGUUCACAGCUUCUCCAGGAACAAGCAGAGUUUCACUACCGUGUGGCCAACAGGAAGGAGAAAGUGGCUGUGUUGGACGCUCAGGUGAGGCAGCUGGGGAUACAGGCGUCUCAGGACUGCGAGAGGAUGGUGAAAGAACGCACCGCGGCUCUACAGCAGCUGCAGAAGGAGCAGGACAGGUUGUGUUCCCUGGAGAAGAGGUACCAGGCUUUAACAGGAGAGGAGCAUUUCCCAAAGGCCUCCAGCAGUGUGAAGGAGGAAUCACUUCACAUCAGCGAGACUGACCUUGUUUAUGUGGACGGCCCUCCUCAUAGCCCCUGUCCCUCCUCUGCCUCCUCCUCCUCUAUCAUUCCCUCCCCUGAACUCUGUCCUGUCAGGCUACAAGAGGAGUACCUCAGGCUGUCUGAUGUAUAUAGGAUGUAUGGAAAUGCUUCUAUGCAGCCUCUCCCUCCUUCCCUCGCUGCUCUCCACUGCCUCUCCCUCCCUGCAUCUCCAGCUCUCCCAUGUGAGGAGUAUAUCACAGUCAGUCAAUUAAGCCAGAUAUUUGGGAUGCAGAGGGUCAUCCCCUCCUCUUCCUCGUCUACUCCAUCAUUCCAACUUGCUUCGUCCGAGUCCUCGUUCUCCUCCCGCUCAGCUGCAUGCGGUCCUUCUUCCUUUCUUUCCACUCAGAGCCAGGCUGAGCUGAGCAGGAAUGUUAUGACUCCCAUUAAUCUUGAGCGCUGGUAUCAGGACAUCAUGGCUGCUGGAGAGCCUCAGUCCUGUCCUCCUCCGCUGCCUGCAAAGUCUUUUUCCACACGCAGACACGGGCAGCUUUUGAAGUCUAAGUCAGAAGGCGAGGUUGGGCAGGGAUCAUCGGGCGGUCACGUUGCCAGCACUGUUGUCAUGUCACACUCCAGUAGUCUAAUGAAUGACAGAAAUUCCACCACUAAGGGAUUACAGCUGAUGCUGAGAGAGAUGUCAAACCCGUUAGACAUGGAUCCCCGGAGACAAAUGGCUUCACAGUUCAAAGAUCUGCCUCCUUCAGUUAAUCACUCCAUCCUGCAUCAUCAGCCGCCACCAAGUGGCAGCCAGGCGUACGACACCUUGAGCUUGGAGAGCUCAGACAGCCUGGAGACCAGCGUAUCCACCGGCAACUCUGCCUGUACCCCAGAAAGCGCCUGUGGGUUGGAGGCACAGAGGAUGGAGGAGAUGGAGAAGUUACUGAAGGAGGCGCAGCAGGAGAAAGCCAGACUGAUCGAGAAUAGGGAGAGGGAGGUGCAGUCUCGGCGGCAGAUGUUGGAGGAGGAGAGGAGGAGGCGAGAGGAGGCCGAGAGGAGGCUUCAGGACGAGGCGGCCCACAGGCAGAGGCUGGUGGAGGAGGAGGUGAAGAUGAGAGAGAAACACUUCUCUCAGGCUCGACCAAUGACUCGCUAUCUGCCAAACCGGAAGGAGGAGUUUGAUCUGCGAGCCCACGUGGAGUCCUGCGGCCACAGCCUGGACACCUGCCCCUUCGUCAUCCUCACGGAGAAAAUGUGUAAAGGUCACCUGGUGAAGAUGGGCGGCAAAAUCAAGUCCUGGAAAAAACGCUGGUUUGUUUUCGACCGUCUCAAGAGGAACUUCUGUUAUUACAUCGACAAGCAUGAGACCAAACUGAAAGGACUCAUUUACUUCCAGGCGAUUGAAGAGGUCUACUACGAUCACCUCCGCAGUGCAACUAAGAGUCCAAAUCCAUCUCUGACGUUCUGUGUGAAAACUCACGAUCGACUCUACUACAUGGUGGCUCCGUCCCCAGAGGCCAUGCGGAUCUGGAUGGAUGUCAUAGUGACGGGAGCGGAGGGCUACACUCAGUUCAUGAGCUGAGGAUUUCGAGGGUGACUGGAUAGAGCAAACGCCCCGGCUCCUGUGAGCCGACCGGGCCCGCUGCGUGAAGCAGCUGAAGCCCAAAGAGCGCAGGGCCUGAUGGAUGAUGACAGAUGAACUGUCCCUUUCAGAAACCUCAUGUCCUUAACAGAUGCGGGGGGUUGUGGCCGAGUUGUAUUUAUCAUUUGAUACGUUUUGUGGUGGAGGACUGACAGCAGCUCUGAGGCACAGGACUCAAACUCUACAUCCAAAAAUGUGUUAAAAAAUAAUAAUAAUGUGAUUUUUGUGUUAUUGUUUGUAGGAUUUCAGGGACAACAUUUUCACAAUUUCGUAUUUUAUUUAAGCUAAAGGAUUUUACAACCACAAAGCAGAAAUAUGCAUGCAGUUUUAAACUUUUUUUAAAUGUAUUUCUACCUUUUUUUUCCUGCAAGUUUAGUAUUUUUUUCAAACAAAAAUAAUAAUAUACUAAUAAACUACAAGAAUAGUAGAUUUCAAAAUAAACCAUAAUGUAGAGGCAUUGUUUACUGCUAAAAGAAACUAUAUUGGUGCCACACCUUUAUUAAUAUCAAUCUAUAUAUCUUGUAAGAAUAUUUUAUUUAGGCAUUAUUUCAAUGUUUCUGUCUUACACAACUGUUAAGCAUUUUAGCGAGAACCAUAGCAGUUUAAUUAUAUUCUAAGACCACUGUGUACAUCUAAUAAAGAAAACCUUUGUUGA